AUCGUUAGCGAGUUCCAGACCCCAUGGCGACGCCAGCAUCGCUGCCGUGUGAGGUCGGCACCGUGACCGGCCUGUUCGCGGGCACUCCUGCACUGCUCUCAUCAUCCACAAGCGGACGCUUCAAGGUGAGGUGGACUCGACAGAUAGAUCUGCACAGCACAGGCACAUAUAUCGCUCUGUGCUGUCUUUUAUAUUAUGCGCUAUUCAGUUGUACUCGUCGAUUGACAAGCAGCCGCUGGGUCAGAAGGCGACAAUCACGAAAGACGGCGUGGUUGGCGACCAGCCCACCGACAGCAAAGACAGCGACUUGGGGAUGCUGCAGGGUGUCCAUGGUGGUCCUGAGAGGGCGGUGAUGAUGUUCAACGUGAGCAGCGGCUAACAAUUAAUUGAUUGCAACACACAAGCGGGUUGAUCAGUCCUGAUGGAUGCAUGGCUGGCUGGCUGCUGUUUGUCCCCCAGGAGGGCACGUAUGAUGACGUCAAGGCGUGGAUCAAGGACAAGGGGGCGGGGGUGAAGGCGGAUGUCGUCAGGAAGGCACUCGACAGAUGCUUCCCGCCCGCGUUCGGUGAGCCAGCUGCUCGGCCAGGGGUGGAGAAAGUGCACUCUGUGUUGUGUGUGUGCAGGUGAGAACGUGUCGGUUAAGGGUAUGCUGUCGGAAGCCACCACAUGCAUCGGGGACAUCUAUGAGAUCGGCGACGUCAAGCUCGAGGUCUGCCAGCCCAGAGGUACUACAUUCACACUCACACGCACCCACCCACCCACACACACACGGAGAGAGAGAGAGAGAGAGAGAGAGAGAGAAGAGAGAGAGAGAAGAGAGAGAGAGAGAGAGAGGACAACGAGCAUGGCGGUGAUGUGUUGUGUUCUGUGUUGUGUUGUCAGAUCCAUGCUUCAAGCUAGUGCAUCGUUUUGGCGGCUUCCCAAACUUCACACGUAACUUGGUGGUCGAGAAGGGCAUUGCCGGCUGGUUCUCACGGGUGCUGCAGGGCGGCGACAUCAAGGUCACACCCACACACAAUACACAAAACCAUACCAUACCACCACACACACGCUCUCAUCUCUUCCCUCUGUGCGUGUGCAUGUGUGUGUGCAGAUUGGCGACCGCAUAGUGCUCAUCGCCCGCCCCAACCCUGAGCUGGUGCUCAAAGACCUCUCGGUGCGCUUCCAUCACGAAAAGGACACCGACCAGCGAUGGCUGGCUCGUCUCAAGGACUGCCCGCAGCUGUCCACCUCGUGGCGCACCCAAGUGGAGAGCCGCAUGCACCAGAGGGGCAAGGAGGGCACAUUCGACAAGGCUCUCACCGUUGGUGUCAAGUGCAUCAAGAACAGCGACCAGCGCUUCAACACCGAGAAGACAUUUGCCAGUGAGAGAGAGCUGCGGGCAUUUGCGUGGGACGGUGGUGAGUGGGGCGUGGCGGAUGGGGGCGGGUGGGUGAGUGUGGUGAAGAGGGAGUGGCUGCUGUACGGGGGAGUGGCCGCUGCUGCUGUGGCUGUGUCGGCUGCUGUGUUGGUGGCGGCCAUGCGACACACGCGCACGAUGCAGCGGUCUACGUGAGUGAGAAGGAGUGAGGGAGGAACGUGUAGAGUGUUCUUUGUGUCAGAGUGUGUUGUGCGGUGAGCAGCACAUGUGGCGAUGAGCUUUAUGGCGUUGUGUGCGUGGGUGGUGUCGUGCUGUCCACGUAUGAAUUUCCG